AUGUUUCAUGUCUUAACGGGGUUCAUUUACCAAGAGAAGUUUGAGUUUGGCAAUGAAGACAUCGAAAUUGUUAGUUACAUUCCUGUUGAGACAAUAGGUGCCAAAGUUUAUCACAUGGUUUUCAAUUUUCUUCCUAAAGAUGUUGUUAUCUUGGCAUCAUGCAAUAGACUAGUCUAUUGUGGUAGUUGUUUCCCUCUUCAAGAGCCAACUCUAUAUAACUGCAAUCCUUCAAUUAAGGAGUGGAUUAAGGAUGAGAAUAGAGACGAGAGAUUGUACUUAGCAUUUGAAUUAUACUCUUCAGAAACCGGAGCAUGGAGGAAAUCCAAUGAAAUCUGCCAAUGUAAUAACAAUUUGAUCAAGAAUAAAGGCAUAUACAUAGAAGGGGUUUUACAUUGGCUUACAGAUGGUGAUCAAGUCUUGACUUUUGGUGUGGAGAAGGAGUUGUCUUGGUUGAUUUCAAUACCAAUUCCAACCUUGGAGUUUAGGACUAUCCCUGAAGCAUGUAUUGGAGAAUCUGAAGGCAAGCUGCAUUAUGUCCUAGUAUCAGAGGAAGGUCUUCAUGUAUGGUAUCUUGAAGAUUAUUAUGAGUUUAAAUGGACACUCAAGCAUUAUAAAUCUCUAGAGGAAAUUGAGGGAGAAUAUCCACGCUUCUUUUUAAAUUUAAAGAAUCGAGUGUUACAGCGAGUGAGUGUGGAUACAAACCCAUGGAUGAAUCCUCUAGGAUUCAAAGAUGGGGUCUUACUAAUGAAGAUGCGUGCACAUAUGUACAUGUAUGAUAUUAACAAUAACAAGAUGGCUCAAGCUUGCUCUAUUGAAGAUCUGAACUCAAAAUGCACGUGGUGUCCUACAAUACUUCCUCAUUCCCUGAGCUUGGUUCCGUUAAAUCAUGGAGAUAAGGUUCCUUUUACUCCCUACUAG